GCCCAACCCCACGAUGUCUGAGACCACAAAACCCACUGCUCCCGGCCAGGCUGCGGAGGAGAAGGAGAACACAGCCCCAGCACCAGCUCCAUCCCUCGACCCUGCGCUCAUCGCCAACAGCAAGGAGGAGGAGCCCUCCACAGAAGCCUUCAGGAUCAUUGUCUUCGAGCAGGAGAACUUCCAGGGCAGGCAGAUGGAGUUCACCACCGAGUGCCUGAACCUUGGGGACCGUGGCUUCGACCGGGUUCGCAGUGUCAUUGUCACCUCUGGACCCUGGGUGGCCUACGAGCAGGCCAACAUGCGUGGGGAGAUGUUCAUCCUGGAGAAGGGCGAGUACCCCCGCUGGGACACCUGGUCCAGCAGCUACCGGAGCGACUGCUUCAUGUCCAUGCGUCCCAUCAAAAUGGAGGCCGAGGACCACAAGAUCUCCCUCUACGAGUCUGCUGACUUCAAGGGGAACAAGAUGGAAAUCCAGGAGGAUGAUGUGCCCAGCCUCUGGGCUUAUGGCUUCUGUGACCGUGUGGGCAGCGUGCAGGUGCCCAGUGGAACCUGGGUGGGGUACCAGUACCCUGGCUACCGAGGCUACCAGUACCUCUUUGAGACCGGGGAUUUCCGACACUGGAACGAAUGGUCUGCUUUCCAGCCCCAGAUCCAGUCCAUCCGCCGCAUCCGGGACAUGCAGUGGGACCAGAAGGGGACCUUUGUCACCCCCGACGUGCCCUCCGACUGAGCCCGCCGCCUGCUAGCUACGAGUCCCGGGCCCCGUGGGGCACCCCUCUCCCCCCGCGCUCGCCUGCUCAGCACUUUCCUUGUACAUUGCACAUUCCCUGGAUGUACUCGAC